AUGUCAAUAGCAGCGUCAACAUCCACAUCAUUUGAGGAUAACAACGAUGACUUGUUGAGGCUUCUCACUGGUUCCUGGGACACGCCACUCAAAGACACCAUAGAAACAAGCAAAUGGACACGCGACUAUCUCACCAAGCUUACAUCAUUACCACUGGACAGUCUUUUGCACGAACCAACUGAACUUCGAGAGGAACAGGCAAAGGCAAAACGAGAUGCACAGCAGCUUGCGUUUCGAGAUUACCCAUGCUUUCUGCAUGCCCAGACGUGCCGACAUCAAGUAGAGGAGACCCUGGACGGCCUCGACGUUCAUCUUGGCGAGUUCUUGUCUUCAGUGCCUGAGCUACAAGAAGCUUGCGAAAUAUUCAGCCAACAAGCAAAAGAGAUCAAAGAGGAAAGAGGAAAAAUAACCCGUGUUUUGGAGCACCAAAACGUCCUGACAGACUUAUUAGAGAUACCUCAGUUGAUGGAAACGUGUGUUUGGAAUGGAUACUACUCGGAAGCAAUGGAUUUAGCCUCCCACGUUCGACUGCUGCAAGUGAGAUAUCCUCUACCCACAGUAAAAAGCAUUCAUCAGCAAGUACAGUCUUCUUCUGAUCUCAUGUUGGUUCAACUCAUCUCACAUUUGCGAAAACCAAUUCGUCUGGCAGCAGCAAUGAACGUAGUGGGGUUCUUGCGUCGUAUGGAUGUGUUUGAUUCUGAAACAGAGCUACGGAUGGUAUUCUUGAGAUGCAGACAUGAUUUCUUGCAGCAGCGAUUGGCAAGAAUCAAGAGAGACGUGUCUGAGGAAUCAAGGCAGCGAAGUUCAGAUGCAUUUGAAUAUCUGAAAAAGUUCAUUGAUGUUAUGCGUGAACAGAUGUUCGAAAUUGGAACACAGUAUAUCUCUAUCUUUUCAAAUGAGCAAGGCACACUACUAUCUGACUAUAUGGUGCAUGUGAUAGGGCUCAUCAAGGCGGCGCUGGAUACAUAUCUACCGAUGAUUGAGGACACAUCUGCACUGACGUCCUUGUUGACACAACUCCAGUACUGUGGCAUGUCACUCGGUCGUAUUGGUUUAGAUUUCAGACACAUAUUUGUACACUCGUUUGAGGAGGCAGUUCAGCCAAUGAUUUUACGAUGGAUUGACAGUGCAACAGAAGACCUCGUUCAGAAAAUCACAAAGGCAUCACACGAAAGCACAGCCCCAAGCGCAUGGAUGUCUUCCAAAGCCACUUCACAAAGCAGCAGCAGUAACGAAAACAGAGACGAAGCAAAGCGCCACGCAUUUCAGCCUCCCAUGCUGUUGGUCAGCUAUCCAUCACUUGCUAUAUUCACCAACGGCGUUUUAUCCGCUUUUAAUGCACUUCGUCUUUUGCCAGCUAUCAGUCUGUAUAUACCAGUACAAAAUCAUUUGGAGGCAUGCUUUUUGGAGAUUGGUACCUCGCUAAGACAGUAUUGCGAUCAAGCUGCAUCUUACACACCUGAUGAAGUCACCUACCUGCAAUCGUAUGCGGCCGCGUAUGUGCGCUGUUGCUUGCCGUAUCUUAAAUCAUGUUUAGUGGAUGGAAUUUAUGGAAAUCUUCUAAUGCCUAGCGCAGCUGACGAAGAUAUGGAAACUCUGCUGGUUACUUAUUUACCUGUCAUGAAGAAGAAGGAGAAUGAGGAGGAGGAGCAGGAAAUCGUGAAUGAUACUGCUGCCGAAAAAAGCGUCGAAGGAUCAACAGAGGUAGAAGGCGACAGUGUUGAAAAUAAUGUUGACACAACCGAGGAACCAAGGAACGAGACAAAUUUGACUAUACCAGCAGCAGAGACUGUCGAUGCGGAAGAUAUUGAUGUGAGCAACAAUGAAUCUAGCAAUACAAGCAAUCAAAUAGAGCAACCUUCAGCUGCAAAUGACCGGGAGUCACCAGUAGUAAACGACAAAUUUAAAACUGAAGAUAUCUCGAUUGAAAAGGCCCAAAUUUCACCAGAAAAUAGCAAUAAGAUUGAAUCGUUGAAACAGAAAACUGACAACCCGGACGGUGGAGCCGCCAUUAGCCAUGGGCCUGAAGCUGAUGUGGAUAACGAAUCCACUGCAAUCAAACACAGCGUUACUAUUGACAACAAUAAUGAUCCGUCACAUGACACACCAGACGAGAAAGAGGAUUCAUUGAUAGAAACCAAAGAUACACCAGUGGAAACAGACUCCAAUGCUGCAGAAACAAAAAUUAUGCCUGAGGAUGACAAGGCCACCACUCAAAAGAACGACGAAGCACAGGAAGAGCAACCAAUUUUGACUCAGAAGGAAGAAAAGACCGAGGAAAUUGCAACAAACAACGACGCUGUAACUCACGAGAAUGGCCAGAUCGGGGCCGAAGCAUUACCCAAGGAUGAUAAAGCAAUUAUUGAAACUUCAAAAGAAGAGGACGAGCCACCAAAAGAAGAAGCAUCCAACACAAGCGAGAAAAAUAAAAAGCCCAAUACCCAAAAAGCCAAACAUAACAAUAACAACUCUAAAAAGAAGAAGAAAUCAAGGAGAUAG